UUACAUUUUUCGGCCUUCAUAGUUUUCUUGAAGUUUCUUUGCAUCCCAGUCGUUUUGUUCAAGGUUCCUUAUUCCCUCUCGCCAGCCGCACAAAAAAUGCAUAAUAUUUUUUACAAAAUUACAUAAGUGCGUGCACCUAAAACCGCUUGCCUUUGAAAAGUUCCUGUACUACAGCUCUGCGAAUUGCGACCGCGAAUUACUAUACUAUAGUUUGGAUUUCGAUUCCGUCAUACUUGGCACGGUAAUUACCUGCACCCACUGAACCAGGCGAAUCAAUAGAGCACCAUUCACCACCCACUCCGCCCAUUCUUUUGUUGCUGCACGUGAUGACGCCGAGGAGAAGUCCGAAACCGAACCCGAAACCAAAACCGACACCGAAACCCGGGGUCAAUCCAAUACUCAUAGAUACUAUCUGUCCACUGCGGACUUAGUUUCGAUUUGUGUCACAGCCCCGUCACAGGUAAGCCCCCCAAACUCUGGAACGUAAUGCCAGUCACCACAAUCGGCAGAGCCCCCAGACCGUAAACCCUCGGUUCUAGCACACUGCUAUAGUUGUAGACGUUAGUUUAGAGUCGCCAUGCUGUGCGCCCUUGUCCGUGGUCCAUCCACCGGCCACAAGUUGGCCAUGUACCGCUCCGUGUCCGAGCUCCUUGGCCCCGGACACGAUGUCCGCCGCCCGUCCGCCGGAAGAGGCUUCUAUCAGCAGCAGCAGCAGAAACCAAUACCCGUAUCAGUGCCCGUAUCAGUACCAGCCCAAGCCCACCGUCGAGAUCUGCUCUCGCUUUCCUGGGCAGCAAAGACUUCCAAACCUCCAGUGCGGAGCCUUCAUUCAGAACACGACGCCAUGUUCUACUCGAUGUACGCCUACCUGUCCAACCUGCCGCGCCUCCACGUCUUGGGCAUGGCGGUGGUGGCCUAUGUGGUCUAUUAUCUAAUCCAGGUGGUCAAGCGACCGAUUAUCGCCUGUUCGGACGGGCCGUUCAAGCAGUAUCUGAUCCGCAAGGUGCCGACGCUGGAGAACAAGUACUGGCCCACCUUCUGGUGCGUGGAGAGCCGUGCCCAGACCGUCCUUGCGAGCCUGCUGCGCUCCAAGAGUCUGCCGCACGUCAACUACCGCCGCGAGAUCCUCACGCUGAAGGACGGCGGCGAGGUGGCCCUGGACUGGAUGGAGGAGGGCUGUGAGGCCAGCUCUCCAUGCAUCCUCAUCUUGCCGGGCCUCACCGGUGAGUCGCAAGCUGAGUACAUUAAGUGCCUGGUCUUUGCCGCCCAGCAGGCUGGCAUGCGGGUGGUGGUGUUCAACAAUCGCGGACUUGGCGGCAUCGAGCUGAAAACCCCUCGUCUCUACUGCGCCGCCAACUGCGAGGAUCUGUGCGAGGUCGUCCAGCAUGUGCGUCGCAGCCUUCCCGAGCAUUGUAAGCUGGGAGCCACAGGCAUCUCCAUGGGUGGCUUGAUCCUGGGAAACUAUCUGGCCCGCAAGAGCGACGAGGCCAGGAGCCUUCUGUCGGCGGCCAAGAUCAUCUCGGUGCCGUGGGACGUGCACAAGGGCAGCGCUAGCAUUGAAAAGCCGGUGAUCAACAGCCUGCUGGGACGCCAUUUGGCUGGCAGUCUGUGCCGCACAUUGCGCAACCAUCUGGAUAUCUACAGGGACAUUUACCAGGACUCCGACAUCGACAUUCAGCGAAUAUUGCGCUGCACGACCAUCAAGGAGUUCGACGAGCUGUUCACGGCCAAGCAGUUCGGCUAUGCCCAUGUGAAUGACUACUACUCGGAUGCCACGCUGCACAACAAACUGGACCACAUCUCCGUGCCGCUGCUGUGCCUGAGUGCUGCCGAUGAUCCGUUCCAGCCGCUCGAUGCCAUCCCCAUCAAGGCGGCCAACCAGUGCACCCAUGUGGCCAUCAUCAUUACGGCCCGUGGCGGCCACAUCGGCUUCCUCGAGGGCUGGUGGCCGUCCACCAAGGACCAGUACAUGGGCCGCCUGUUCCAGGAGUACUUCACCAAGGCUCUGUUCGACGAGGACGGCGAGUUCCAGCACACGUCCAACAAGAUGCACGAGCGAUUCUUGGCCAAGCAGACGGUGGCGCUGGCCUCCUCCUCGCCGCUGCUGCUGGCCAAGAAAAUGGAAUCCGACCAGUUGGACCACAAGGUCAAGCUGAUGUGAAAGAGGCUCAAUACCCUUGCUAAGUUUUUGUCCAGCUAGGUUUUCCAGUUAAAUACAUAGUAAUUCGCGAAUGUAUUCCGAUAGAUUUCCGUGAGCGAGGACCUUCGUACACAUGUGAUAUGAAACAUUGAUCAAAAUCCAAAGUGUUGUUAUAAUCUAAGACAGCGAAUAGGGAACCAAAUUGUCAGUCAAUACGGAUAGAUGCCUAAAUUAUUCUUAGACCGUGACACUAAUGACAUAUCAUCUUGAAAAUGCAAAAAGCCUUACGAUUAGUAGUGGUGAAUUCAAAUACAAAUAUUUAUGACACAAUGCAAUAAUCUUAUAUUUUUACAAGUUCCGUAUAUUUAUAACUAAAAAAAUACAACGCUUAAUAAAGAGAAAAAUAAAACACUUUCA